GCCAGUGUUUCACAGCUCUCUCACGGGAAGAUCCUUGGCAGCGAGGAGCUGGUGGCAGAAGGGACUCCCAGUGAUGCUGUGAGGGUGUACCCUUGGACCAUUGAUAAUAAGUACUACUCGGCGGACAUCAACCUGUGCGUGGUGCCGAACAAAUUCCUCGUCACAGCCGAGAUCGCCGAGUCUGUGCAAGCAUUUGUGGUUUACUUUGACAGCACACAAAAAUCUGGCCUUGACAGUGUCUCCUCGUGGCUUCCCCUGGCCGAAGCAUGGUUCCCUGAGGUGAUGAUCCUGGUCUGCGAGAGAGUGUGUGAACACGGUGUAAACCGACAAAAAGCUCAAGAAUGGUGCAUCAAGCAUGGCUUUGAGCUGGUGGAACUUAGUCCUGAAGAGGUGCCGGAGGAGGAUGAUGACUUCCCGGAGUCCACCGGAGUCCAGCGGAUUGUACAAGCCUUAAAUGCGAAUGUCUGGUCCAACGUUGUGAUGAAGAGUGAUCGGAACCAAGGCUUUGGCCUUCUCAGUUCCUUGGCUGGAGCACACCGUCCCCCCGGGGCAGCGGAGCACGCGCACUCCGAGCCACAGCCCUCUUUGCCUGCCGCAGACAGAAGCGGAGCCCUCCUGGAUCACCGGGGUGCUGCGUCCCACACGGCAGAAGCCCAGGUUGAAAGCAUUGUGGAUCCCAUGUUAGAUCUGGAUAUUCAAGAAUUAGCCAGUCUCACUACGGGAAGAGGCGACGUGGAGAAUUUCGAAAGGCUGUUCUCAAAGUUAAAAGAAAUGAAAGAUAAGGCCGCGACGCUUCCUCACGAGCAAAGAAAGCUGCAUGCAGAAAAGGUGGCCAAGGCAUUCUGGAUGGCGAUUGGGGGAGACAGAGAUGAAAUCGAAGGGCUCUCAUCGGAUGAAGAAAACUAAAUUGUUUGUUCCGGGCUGGAGCAGCCGAGAUGCCAUCACUCCCUUAACCUGAGUUAAGGGGCAUUGCCCUCCUCAGCCCUGUGCUAGUUUGCUAAAACCCCCAUCGUGCUGGCCACCCGCCUUGUUGAUGGGGCUCCCGUACUGCUCGCGUUUAGUAGGUGUUUAAGGAGAAACGUUUCCCCCGCAGCGUGUUGUGAGGGAGAGAGGAGCAUACUGACAACAAGGAAUGCGAGUUACCGGUUGGCUUUUUGUAUGUGGAAUGAGGCCCAGAAACCUGUGUUGUGUGUCCAUUUGCACCUCGACACCUAGUGAGACCUAGUCAGCCUUUGAAGUCGUGCUUCUGGGAUUCACCCCGACUACUGUGGGUCUGGAGCGUGUCCUGGAAACUGCUUCAAGAGGCCCCUGGCUCUGAGCCGGAAGGCUUUUGAUUGUGUGUGUGUGUGUGUGU